CCAGGCUAUCUGACUGAGUCUGAACUGAUCACUCUGAUGGAGAAACAUGGUAUUGGAACUGAUGCUAGUAUUCCAGUUCACAUCAAUAAUAUAUGUGUAAGGAACUUUGUAACGAUAGCAUCAGGACGCCGGCUGAUUCCAAACACACUAGGUAUCUUGCUGGUGCACGGCUAUCAGCGCAUUGACCCUGACCUUGUUAAACCUUCUAUGAGAUCUGAGAUUGAGAAACAAUUCGAUCUGAUAGCUUAUGGUAAAGCUAACUUUGACAUAGUGUUAGCUCACGCUGUGUCGACAUUUCAAGCAAAGUACAAAUACUUUGUGGAGAACACCGAGUAUAUGGACCAGCUAUUUGAACUGAGUUUUACAAAACUUUCUGAAACUGGAAAAUCGCUGAGCAAGUGUGGUCUCUGUACUCGCUACAUGAAACUUAUCAGUCAGAAGCCUAUGAGGCUGCACUGCAAGAACUGCGAGGCAACCUACAAGUUACCCCAAGGAGGCAGCAUCAAGUUGUACCAAGGUAACGUUUGUCCACUGGACCAGUUCGAGCUGGUGGUGUACAACGCUGGAGGUAAAUCCUUCAUCUUGUGUCCGUAUUGUUACAAUUUCCCUGAGAUUGAGGAUAUGGGUAAUAACUCUGGGUGUAACAAGUGUCCGCACCCCACGUGCCUUAAUGCUGCUCCACAGACCUCUGUAACAUCAUGUCAGACUUGUGAUGAGGGAGAUCUGGUUCUGGAUCCUAACUCAGGUCCAGCGUGGCGUAUGAGUUGUAACGAGUUGAAAUGUACGUGUGUAGUUAAAAUAUUCACAGGAGCUGUUCGUGUAGCGGUAUCUCCGGACAAUGAUUGCGAUACUUGCGGUACUUCCAUCCUUACUGUCGAGUUCAACCCAGAGAAAACACCAUUCAAGGAGGGAGUCUCUAAAAUAAUGGGGUGUGUAAUUUGUCACGUAGAACUGUCCCCACUGGUUGAACUGUCCAGACAACAGUUUAAACGGAGGAGAAGAGGGCGUGGUCGAGGAGGAAAGGGGCGUGGUCGGGGAGGGAGGAAACCUAGGACUAAGGAUGAGGCACUGGAUCAAUAUUUCGUCUGAGGAGGAAUGUAAUGU